AUGCCUCUUCAGCCAAUGCGGAACCCGCCUGUAGGCCCAGAGAUCAUUCUCAACGCACCAAUGAUGGCAGAGCAGCAUGUCUCGCCAGUCAAAAGCCAACCAUUCACUCAAGCGGAGAUGAAUUAUGCAAAUCUCAACUACAUUCCUAUUCCUCCACCCCAGCCUGGCCCCAACCGCUACACCGAAUCUCCCAUUAAACGACCCAUUGUUCCUUCUCACACACAAUUCCACCCGAUGCAGAUGAUGAUGCAGCAGCAGCAGCAGCAGCAAUCCUUAUUCACCACAUUUGACAGCAAUUUCGGCCCAUACCAACACGAGAAUGUCCUCCCUGCAUCUGCAACACAGGAGAAUUUCGUCGAAUUCCCGGAACCAUCAUACCCUCGCAAACAAGCGCUCAAAAGGUCGUAUUCUGAUGUCGAGGCAACCAUUGAACGACCUUUCAAAAAAGUCAAAGCCGAUGAACUGGCAGUAGACAUACCGGCACCCGAAGACAUGCCACCUGUUGUAGACGAUGGCAACAAACCCAAUUUGAGUUACGCACAGAUGAUCGGCAUGGCCAUACUGCGAGCUCCUAACCGACGACUGACACUCUCUCAAAUCUACGAGUGGAUUUCUAACACGUUCGCGUAUUACCGCGAGGACACGAAGCAAAGCUGGCAUAACAGUAUCAGGCACAAUCUGUCGCUCCACAAGGCAUUCAUCAAGAGAGAACGACCCAAAGGCGAUGCUGGCAAGGGUUGUUAUUGGAUGAUCGAACCCGGAACAGAGGGCAGCUUCUUCAAAGAUAAAAAUCGUCGAGGUAACUUGUCAAAUAUGUCUAUCCAACCUGGUGUCAUGCGACCAGAGCUCAUGAAGAUGGCACAACCAUUGUCUGAUGCCUUGACCCCAAAUCUGUUUAUCAAUCAGUCAAGCGAGCCACCCAGACCUCGCACUGCCCCAGCACUUCCUGAGCUUUCUUCCGAUGCUACUCUCCCCGCAUCCGAUCCUGCUCUGAACGAGCAAGAUGCCCUGAAUUCCAACGAAGGCGCUCCAUCCCAUCCCAAGUCGUCGCCUCCAAACGCCUUGAACUCGUCUCCACCUUUGAUUGGCGGCAAUCAUCGCCGGAACAUAUCAUCUCCCACCGCAAGGAUUCAAAGACCAACCUCGGCACAGCGACAGAAGCGGGUCUUCCCAAAACCCGAUGACAGUGGCUAUUUUUCGUCCAUCGAGUCGUCCGCAUUGAAGCCUAACAAGAACACAAUUGUUCUGACUUCAGAACUCGAUAUUGAGCCUCCGAGCAAGAAGCGUGCCGGCAGGGCAGAAGAGGAGAUCGCCCGACUUCGGGCCUCUUCUCACGAUAUCACCCCUAGUCACGCUAGGUUUGGAUCAUUGAAUGGUGAAGUUGUGCAAUUGUCCUCACCUGUACGUGUUAGUCCCACCAUACCAGCCUAUCCUGUCACGCCAGCGGUGCGAUUCAAGAAACCUCAACGACCACCUCCAUCUAUCUCGCCAAAUACCCAGCUUCAUAAUCACCGAAAAGCUAUGCAGGAUUUUCGGAACUCUCCAAUGAAAGGAUUUGGGUUGGUACAGACCGAUCCCAACCUCAGCAGUCCAUUUGGGAACUCCUUUAUGACUCCUUUAGGUCUUGGGGACGAAUCCUUUGAAAUAUUCUCCGACCCAGUCAAUUCCUUCACCCCGUUCACUCCAGCAUUCACAUCCUCGCCAUUGAAAUUGUAUCAAUCGCGCCCACCUCUGGGACGCGCGGCCGCCAGUGCAAUGGUGCUCACCGAACUAGAUGGAGGCGCGCUAAAGCUCAACGCGAAGACCCCCAACCACAACCAUCUCCUCAAACCCAACGUGGGAGUGACGAACUCUGGUUCACCACUGAAAAGCUCAAUGACUAAUACAGCUGCUUUUGAUGUUCAGAACGAUCUUUUUGACUUCAAUUCUUUCGAGAACGAUAUGUCUGAUAAUGACGAAGGCGUUGACAUUCUUCAAGGCUUCGGAAAGAUUGGUGACUCCACUGUGCACAUCGGCGGACAUGUUGGCGGCGCCCAGCAAAUAAACCGUCCUUCUUUAGGAGGUCGCAGCCAUACCUCUCUAUUUUGA